CCGAGGGAGGUGCGCCGACGCCUAUACGCUGCAGAAGGCAGUCUGCACUGAAGCUCGCUUCUUGCCGUGUCAUGGAUCUCUCCCGGAUUUUGCACCUGGUUGUUGUCUUUUGCCUGACUUGGAUGCUGAUCAAAAUCAUCCAGCUAUACCGGCAAAGAAAGGAGCUUCAGAAAACGAUGAGUAGUUUUCCAGGUCCCCCCGCACAUUGGCUUUACGGCCAUAUUCGUGAGCUUUUACCCAUGUCUAGCAUUUUGAAGAAAGUGGAAUCCUGGAGCCAUGUUUAUCCAUUUGCCUUUCCUUUGUGGUUUGGAAGCUUCUCUGCAUGUUUAACAAUCACACAUCCUGAUUAUGCUAAAACAUUACUUGCUAAAGCAGAGCCAAAGGAUGCUUUUGCGUAUCGGAGUAUAAUUCCAUGGAUUGGGAAAGGUUUGUUGGUGCUCCAUGGGCCAAAGUGGAUGCAGCAUCGAAAACUGCUGACUCCAGGUUUUCAUUAUAACAUUUUGAAACCCUACGUGGCACUGAUGGCAGAUUCCACAAAAAUAAUGCUGGACAAAUGGGAACAGCUGAUUACACAAGAGACAUCAGUGGAGCUCUUCAAACAUGUGAGCUUGAUGACACUGGAUAUCAUCAUGAAAUGUGCCUUCAGUUACAACAGCAACUGUCAAAUGGACAGAGAAAACUCCUAUGUUCAAGCUGUUUUUGAUCUCUGCUUCUUAGUAAAUGAGAAAAUGUACCAUAUCCUGUAUCAGAAUGAUCUUAUUUACUGGUUCAGCCCACAAGGAUAUCAGUUCCGGAAGGCCUGCCAAGUUGCACACCACCAUACUGAUAAGAUAAUUAAUGACAGAAAGGAAUGUCUGAGAACGGAGGAAGAGCGACAAAAAAUCCAGACAAAGAGACACCUGGAUUUUCUUGACAUCCUUCUCUGUGCCAAAGAUGAAAAUGGAGUUGGACUAUCUGAUGAAGACCUCCGUGCUGAGGUGGACACUUUCAUGUUUGAGGGACAUGAUACCACAGCCAGUGGGAUCUCCUGGAUGUUGUACUGCCUUGCUCAGAACCCAGAGCACCAGCAGAAAUGUAGAGAAGAGAUAAAGGCUGUUCUGGAGGACCCUGACACCAUUCAAUGGGAUGACCUCAGUAAGAUGACUUACUGUACUAUGUGCAUUAAAGAGAGCCUUCGCCUUUACCCUCCAGUACCAGGAGUGUCCCGACAACUCAGCAAACCCAUUACAUUUUUCGAUGGGCGGACUUUACGAGAAGGUUCUUGGGUAGCAGUAAGCUUUCAUUUGAUGCACAAAAACCCCAGCAUAUGGAAAGAUCCAGAGGUGUUUGAUCCUUUGAGGUUUACUCCUGAGAACAUAUCAAGCAGAGAUACUCAUGCCUUCCUGCCUUUCUCUGCUGGACCAAGAAACUGUAUUGGUCAGCAGUUUGCCAUGAAUGAGAUGAAAGUGGUCCUUGCCUUGACUUUGCUUAGAUUUGAACUCAUACCUGAUCCUGCUAAACCUCCUCCCGUUCCCAUACCUCAGAUUAUCCUCCGUGCCCACAAUGGGAUACACCUUACCUUGAAGAAAAUGAUAUGAUCCUGAAGCAGGAGAAGAAGUAAUCAUGAUCUGGAAAGGAGACCUAAUAGAGAAUGUGAAAUUAUGUGUUUCAAUAAGAUCAUUUGACAGCAUUUUGAACCUUAGAACCAUGGCCUACAAAUUAUUUGUAAUGUAAUAGGACUAGGAUUGCAAAAAUCUGAAAUAAAGCAUAGGUAUUAAACAUGCUACAUGAAAAAGCAGAAAAUGUUAUUCCAUAAGCAGAUAUACAAUGCAGUGAGGGCAAUUACAUGAGUCCAUUAAAAUAUCUUACCCAAAGAUCAGCAUGUCUCCCAUCCAAAUACUAGC